AUGGAUCGCCCAUCGAGCAGUGUCCACCAAGGCGACCCCAACGUCGUUUAUGGAGUUGCCUUCUCCCACGCCAAUGGCGACGAAUCGACUUAUGUUCGACUAGACCGACAACCGACGGAACAUAACCUCAGGCUUAGCCUCAACCUGGCCUUUUCGAGUGCCCGUUCGACAUGUUCGGUGUGGCACAUCUUCCUUAACGAUUAUCAAACAAUUUCCACGACCCGACAUUGCAACAGAUCGGCCAACCGUGGAAAAUACUUCGGAACUAGUCACCGAACCAGCAAUUCGGCAUGUGACGGCCCGAAGUAG